GAGCAGCAGUACUGGGAUCAGUCACUCUCGGCUGGUCCUCCGACCUAGCCAACAACAUCCAGUGAUCAGAUCGCCCGUUAUUCUGAUAUGCGCAUCGGACGCGGAGACGCCGCUUGCUCUUUGGUUUAACAGAUCUCUUUAAAGCGGAGUUUGACAUUCAUGCCCAGCGGAUUUGUGUUCAAUCUUUCAUUGUGUAUCACCGGACGCGAUGGAGCAUUGGAAACAGUGCGCGUUAUGGCUGAUCAAUUGUAAGGUGCUCCCGGCGAACCAUCGGGUGACAUGGGAGUCCGCCCAGGUGUUCGAUCUGGCGCAGACCCUGCGCGAUGGGGUCCUCCUGUGCCAGCUUCUCAACAACCUGAGACCCCAGUCCAUCAACCUGAGGGAAAUCAACCUGAGACCUCAAAUGUCACAGUUUCUCUGCUUGAAGAACAUCAGGACCUUUUCACAGUCCUGCUCGGAGAUCUUUGGCAUGAAGAAAAGCGAACUGUUUGAGGCCUUUGAUUUGUUUGACGUUCGAGAUUUCGGAAAGGUUAUGGACACAUUGUCCAAGCUCUCACAUACGCAUAUUGCACAACAAACUGGAAUAAGGCCGUUUCCAACAGAAGAGAGUGUUGAAGACGAGGACAUUUAUAACCAUCUUGAGGAUCUGAUAGAUGAAAAUGGCGUCGAAGAUGAGGAGGAUCUAUACGACUGUGUGUACGACGAUGAUGAAGGUGGAGAGGUGUAUGAAGACUUGAUGAAGGUUGAGCUGGUUCAGCCACAGAAACAGGUAGAAACAGACGUCAGGAGCUGCUGCCUAAUGGAAAUCAAACAGACGGAGGAGAAAUAUACAGAGACUUUGGACUCGAUAGAGAAAUUUUUUAUGAAGCCUUUGGGACAGUCGCUUUCCAGCCUGGAGAUCGCAAAAGUAUUCAUCAAUAUUCCAGACCUUGUAAAAGUGCACAUGAGCCUUCUGAAGGAGGUCCAGGAUUCUGUUGUUCAUCAUAACGCCAGUAACCUGCACCAGAUCUUUAUCAAAUACAAAGAGAGAUUAGUCCUGUAUGGGAAAUACUGCAGUCAAGUAGAAUCGUCCAUUGCGUGUUUGGACGAGAUCUGUAAGAACAGGGAGGAUGUCAGGCAGAUGUUAGAAUUAUGCUCCAAGCGUGCCAACAAUGGAAAGUUUACACUGCGAGAUCUACUGGUUGUUCCAAUGCAGAGAGUUCUUAAAUAUCAUCUGCUUCUACAGGAACUGGUAAAACACACCCAUGAUGCCACAGACAAGACUAAUUUACGUGAAGCUCUGGACGCCAUGAAGGACCUGGCCCAGUAUGUCAAUGAGGUCAAGAGAGACAUCGAAACUCAGCGGGAUAUCGACCAGUAUCAGAAAUCUAUAGAAAACCUUAAUCAGUCUCUCCGUAUCUACGGGCGACCGAAAGGUGACAGCGAAGUGCGAAUAGCUACAGUCGACAAGCGAGCCAAACAGGACAGGCACAUCUUUCUAUUUGACGCCGCAGUCAUCGUAUGCAAACGCAAGGGGGACAACUAUGAAAUGAAGGAGGUCAUCGAUCUCCACUUAUUCAAGAUCACCAACAACCCGACCUCAGACAGAGAGAAUCGAAAGUGGUCUCAUGGAUUCUACCUCACACACAACCAGGGGCAAACCGGGUUUGAGUUCUUCUUCAAAACCAAAGAGGUCAAGAAAAAAUGGUUGGAACAGUUUGGCAUGGCACUAUCGAACAUUUGUCCAGAGAGUGGGAAAAGUAAUUUCCAUGAGUUCCGCAUGCACACCUUCGAGACGACCACAUCCUGCAGCUCGUGUAAAAUGCUGUUGAGAGGGGUCUUUUAUCAAGGGUACCGCUGCUCCAAAUGUGGCGUCGGCGCCCACAAGGAGUGUCUCGGCAGAGUGGAUGUCUGCGUCAAAAGCACUGAUUCCGGCUCCUUUGGACAACAGGCUGGUAAAGCUGCCAAAUGUGGAGGAGAUGCAGGUUUGCCCAAGAUGUUGGUUAUUCGGAAUUAUUAUGGAGUCCCCAGCCCCCUGUGCGGCCCACCCCUCAACAUCCAAGUUGGUGAUGUCAUCGAACUGGUCGAAGCGAACAUCCGGAGCAGCUGGUGGAAGGGUAAAGUCCUGGCAACUAAGGAGAUUGGCUUCUUUCCAAGCGACGCAGUGAAGCCUUGCCCAUGUGUUCCCAAACCGGUCGAUUACUCUUCACAGCCAUGGUUUGCCGGACCUAUGGAGAGGCUGCAGGCGGAGGCUACGCUGCUUAACAGGAUAAGCAGCACAUAUCUGGUCCGUCACAGGAGCAGAGAGUUGAAUGAAUACGCCAUCAGCAUCAAGUACAACAACGACGUGAAACACAUCAAGAUCUUAGCAAAGGAGGGAUGCUUCCACAUUACCGAAAACAGGAAGUUCAGAAGCAUUUUAGAGCUGAUCGAGUAUUACAAACAUCAUUCUCUGCGGGAGGGAUUCAGGACACUCGAUACCACGCUGCAGUUCGCCUACCGAGAGCCGGAGAACGGAGCCAACAUGUUCACUCCUAAGGUGAUGGGUGUUGCAAUAGCCCGUUACGACUUCAGCUCCAGGGACACUCGAGAGCUGUCGCUGCAGGAGGGCGAUGUGGUUAAGAUCUACAGCAAAACAGCAGCCAACGGCUGGUGGAGAGGAGAAGUCAAUGGGCGGGUGGGCUUGUUCCCUUCCACCUACGUAGAAGAAGGAGAGGAAUGAAGGUGUGAACGGAAGAGAAAGGAAAUGGAUCACUAAGAAGGCAGAAAUACGCGGCUUUUGAUCGGCCGUCUCUCUCUGUUUCUCAUCCUGAAGUGCCUCAGAGGGUGUGCUCGGGGUGCGAUGGAUGACGGACUGUCUCUCAGACAACAGAUUAUCAAACACAACCCCGGUGCACACGUGGACCGGACUGCAUUUACAACCGCCCGGGGUGCUGGAUGAAUUCAGACCUGUGCGUCCUGUUUCCGGCGACACGGAACGGAUGGAAUGGCACUGAGAUGACGCCAUGAGCUAUUUUUGUGUGUCUGUUGGCGCUAACCUUGCCGGAGUCCUGCUUACCUAAACUCCGCCCAGAGGUGCUUUUUUUACACGCGCAUACCACCUCCCUCUCCCACCCAUUCAUUCAUCUCAGAUUAAGAUCACAGACGUGUCAUGUCGGCGCUCGAACGUAAUUGAUCGCUGUAUUUCUUAAGUAAUCUCUCAUUUUCAGAGUUCUGCUUUUGUACGUCGCCCCGUUUGUGCGCUUAUCUUGGCAGAUGCAUUGUGGGGUUGUCGCGGCCCGUUUAUCUGAUUCGUGUGUUACGGCAUCGCCGGGGAAACGUUCAACGAGUUGGCACCAGCCAGGCAGUUGACGGCAAACAAAAGGCUUCGCAGUGACAGGCCUGUAAACAGCUUUUUUCGGCGCUGGAAACAUCGAGUCUCUUCAUGCAGAAAGGAUCCUGUUAGAUACCACAGGCACCGCUUCUCACUCAAAUAAUGAGAGGGAUUUACACACAUUUGCAGGAAUAAUUGACACUUUGGAGAAAAACUAACCAGAUAAUUCGGCUUUAUAUCCACCCAGAGGACCAAAGCAUUGCACGUCUCUCAGAAUGUGUCUCGUAACGAGACCGAUACGGGUUGUGGAAAUCUGAUGUUGAUCAUCUCAAAGUUGUAAUCUUGUCUGGAUCAAUAGGAUCCGGAGAAUGAUCUGUAAAUGUAAAGAUGUCAGUUGUCUGUGCUGACGGGUUGAUGGAUGUGUCGGCAUUGUUUCACAUCCUCCAUCACUGAAAUCCUCUCAGAUGUAGCUACGGGAUUCAUUCUCACAAGGGUUUCCAGAGCUGUUAUGAACUCGGUAGAUUCUUCACCUGCCUCCAGCUAAACAUAGAUGUGCGAGCUUAAAACUGUUAAAACGCGAUGAAACAAAAGCCAGUUGAAGCGACCGUGUUUAAAAGGGAAAAGGUCAUGUCAGGAAACGCUCCAAACCGCUAGAUUUUCGUCAAUGGUUAGAUAAAAGCGCUCUUACAAAGAACAUUUGUUUAUUUGUGAUCGGAAAAGAGAGCUUGACAGGAAAACGCAUUCACAGAACUGAGGAAGGCAGAACAAACGUGAGCUACAGCCAUAAAGAGCUGGCAAACAAAAGAAACUUAAACAUGCCUGUAGUCCAGACCGAUACUUAAUACACCUAAUACUUAAUCUCCUUUUUGUUUGUUGCUUUCUUUUAGAUUUCCAAAGAUAUACUAAAUGUAUAGUUGUCAUCUGAUACCGAGCGAGAAUAGAUUUUUUUAUUGAUGAACUAUGCGAAGACACGUCAAGUGUUAUUUCUUUUGCACUUAUGCUUUUUGUUGUUCUUAUGUUGUUUCAAUUGCCUCCAUUGUUUCCCACAUCUCUAAGUCACUUUGGAUAAAAGCGUUUGCUAAAUGUAAAUGAGUAAAAAUUGUUUAAUAUUUAUUUAAAUAUCUGUUUUAUGUUUGAAUUGGACAAAUGUAUAAAAAUCAGUGUUGUUGUUUUUGGAUUUAUAAUGUGAAUAAUGUAUUGUUGAGUCUUGAUCCGUUUCGCUGCCCUUCUGACACAUUGUAGUGCAAAGUAACACCACCAGGGGGCAGCAGCACAACCAGGUGCGUCACUCCCAUCCUUCUCUACAGUCUUAAUCUUUCUUUUUUUCAUAGUCAUUAUAAUCGCAUCUACCAUCGGUUUACAGCACAGUCCAGAUCAGGGCUAACCCUCCUUUAUGUUCAAAGGUUAAAGGUCAGUUUCAGUAUCGCUGUUUUUCUUCUUUUUGGGCAUUAACUGAAAGAGGAUUUUUGGUGGGGCACUGAAAUCUGGAGUAAGAUCCGUGCCCAAGGCAGAUUAUAGUCUCCUCCUGGGUGCACUGUUCCCUACACUCAAACUGCGAGCAGUAGAAUUGGUUUUCUAAGCUUUCUCACCGGUAAUCUGUUCCCACUCCGCUCUCCCCAGAGAUGAACCCUGACAGGACGGAUUUAACAGGCUUCCACACAUCCUUAUAUAUUUAUAUACAGCAGAGUCUGUGGGCCACUAAUCACCCAGCGAUCUCUAACCUCGACGGAACAGGAUUUCUGCCUCUCUCUCUCUCCCACACACGCAAUAUCUUCCUCUAUGUUCUUUAUCUCACACCUUUAUAAUCCUAUCUUAUUCUGCUCUCCUGUGGAUGUCUUUCAUAAUCUUGGGGUGCUGAAGCUGGGCUGUCCCAUCAUGCCUUUGCGAAAAAAUAAGGCGUACUUGUCUCAUGUGUUGUGUUGUCGUGUUCUUUGAUUAUUUUUGGAAAUAUUGUAUAAAUAUUGUAAGUGACUUGUGGCAAUUCCUUGGGGCUGUUGAACUAGCAAAAAAGCCUUAUUUAUGUAACGCAACGGCGGUAUACUAACGGUACACUGAGUAUCUCAUGGAUCGGUUGACCACUGAAGCCAAAGACGUAGCACGUUUGAUGCCUAGCCUAGUCACCAUGGAAACCGCCGGUGUGGCCUAACCCGUAGCUGUGCAAUUUUGAGUGUCCUACAGCGGCACAUGCUGUAUCACACCUGUACUGUACAUAUGUAAAGUCACAAUAAAAAUGUAUAUAGCUUCUUU